GGGGGGGGCCCCGGUGUAAUCCGAGAAGGAGGGCGCGGCCACCUGCGAGAGGGGGGUUUACCUGCGGAACCGGUUGAGCCGCUGUGCAGAAGAGGAGGAGGAAAGGGCGCCGCGGAGACGUGAGGGAGAGAGAUACCUCGACGGAGCGCCUCUUCGUUUUCGCUAACCCACCUGCCUUUGCUUACCUGCUGCUUCCACUCUCCCGCCAUGGAGCUACCCCGUGGAGCUGCCUUGCUACUGACGGCGCUGGUGGUGCUCGCCGCUCUAGUGUACUCCCAAGAUACUUGUACUUGUGACAAGAAUAGAUGGAUAAUGGAUUGUGUUCCAUAUGGCAACACUUGUCAAUGCAAAUCUUACGGAUCAGAUGCCACAGUGAACUGUUCAACAUUGACAUCGAAAUGCGUGCUGAUGAAAGCUGAGAUGACUAGAAGGAGUGGUAGAAGCUGGAAAAAACCAGAAACUGCAUAUGUAGAUAACGAUGGCAUUUAUAACCCAGAAUGUGAUAGGGAUGGUAAUUUCAAAGCUAAACAGUGCAAUGGGACAAGCACUUGCUGGUGUGUGAACAGUGCUGGAGUACGAAGAACUGAAAAGGGUGAUGAAAACCUUAUGUGCAGUGAAGUAGUAAGAACAAGCUGGAUUAUUCUGCAAAUGAAACAUGCUGAAAGAGAUGCUCCUUUUAAUAAAGUCAACUUGGAAAGGGCAAUCAAAAAUGCAUUCUUCAAGCGUUACAGUUUGAAUGAGAACCACAUAUUUGUUACGUACGAAAACCCAGCCAUUAUUAUUGAUCUGAAACAAAAUGCUACAGAGAAGUCUGAUACAGAUGUGGAUAUAGCUGAUGUAGCGUACUACUUUGAAAAAGAUGUCAAAGAGGACCCCCUGAUUGUAAAAGACAAGCUUGACAUUAAUAUUGGAAGUGAACCUCUUCAGCUUAGAGAUCCUAUAAUCUACUAUGUUGAUGAGAAAGCACCAGAGUUCUCAAUGAAACAUUUGACUGCUGGAGUUAUUGCUGUCAUUGUGGUUGUAGUCCUGGCAAUAGUUGCUGGUAUUCUUGUACUGAUCUUUACCAGAAGAAAGAGGGGCAAAUACGAAAAAGCUGAGAUAAAGGAACUCAAUGAAAUACCUAGAGAACGGAAUGCAUAACUGCUGUAAGAAGGGAACCAUGAACAUGGUUAAACCACAAAUCCUGAUGGAAGAAGAACCAUAUAGAUUCUUCAUUUUUAUACAUCCCUAUACUUUAGUAAGAGGAUUGCUUUAAAUAUUGAGUUGAGACUGGCAUGUAUUGCAUUUGGAUGACUGUGAAGUGUUUUUUUUUUAAUUUUAUUUUAAGGAACUAGUUUGGGCUGAUCAGUGUCAUUCCUCUGUCACAGUUAGUGUUUUAACAUUAGGGAUGCCUUACUGUUGGAUAUGUGCUUAGAGACUGUAAUAUAGACGUUUCGAAUGUGUCCACAAAGUUGCUACAUGUUUUCACAAGGAAUGUGGCCUGUAUUUUUUAAUGUUUGUAAAUAUUUUUCUUCAAAUUUGCUGCAAUUUUUUUUACGAGUAAUGAAUUUAAUAAA